AGUUGCAGUCAAAAUGGCUUCUACAUUUGCCUACCGACGACAGGAGGUAGUCAACCAAGAACCCGCCAUAAAGGACUUCAAGGAUAGAUGGCCUGCAUUGUUCUGUCCAAAAGAGAUUAAUGCAGAGUUCCAGAGGCUCAUGGCAGUCCCUCUUGAAGAAAAAUUCAUGGCCCAGUUAGACCUGCACUCAAGUCAGCUCAUCAGAGUCGUCCGUUCUAAAGGAGGAACAACCCGGCAAAAGACUGCUCACAUUAUUGAAACUUUGGACCAGACAGAGGACAUUCAUCUUCGGAGGGAAUCGGUUCUGAAAGCACUCAUCAUCUUUCUGGGGGAAGAUCCAGAUGAUCUGAUCAAGGAAUAUUUUGACUCGACUGCAGAUAAUGCACAGAAGGACCUGGAGCAGCUCACCAUGGGAGUGUUUGUGAUACGAAAGGAAGGGGAAGGACCACAGGAGCCAGCUGAAAAGAUAGGCAUCGUCAUUGAGGGAGUGGAGGUCUUGAAUGAACUUAAUUCAGUUGCUUCUGCUUGUGCCCUGCUUCUGGGUUUGAUAUAUGAACUCAAUCUGGCUUAUCCAAAAUGUCUCCAUUUCACUUUUGAAGUGCUUCAGAAAAUUAUCAUGGAGCUUGACAAGCACAAGAUGUCCCCCAAAGUUCAGAACCUCUUUUGCAGGCUUAAAAGCUCAGAGUGA